AUGCGAUCUAAGAUCGAUGUGGCUGAUGAUGAUGAGAAGUUUUAUCAGAUGGGAUUAAACAUUAGUGGAUGCAGUGAAACUCGUAGUGUUCGCGGAAACCUCACAUGUGGCCAGGCUCUUUUGUGUGCCUAUGGGUGGUUUGGACCGGCUUUGGUAAAAGGCUGCAAUGGGUCAACUCAAAAGAAAAUAAUAGAUGUUCUGAAUCGGUCAUCAGAACGUUUGUACAGUGACGAGGAAUUUCUUACCAGAUAUGGCCAUGAAAUGCGUAGCAUGUUGAUCCUAUACUGCCGUUUCAAAUCAAAACUCAAAUGUUCUGAUAAGGACUUUGUUCCGCACCUGACUAAAGAAGGGCUCUGCUUCACUUUCAACUCGGGUUUAAAUGACAUUCCAUUGCAUCAUACAACUUAUGAAGGUGCUGAUUCUGGUCUUAGCAUUAUACUCGAUGUUCAAACCAACGAGAGCACAUUGAACGAAUUCUCUACUGGUUUGAAAGUGAUUGUGCACGAACAAAAUACAUUUAUUAAUCGCUAUGACGGCUUCAAUGUCUUACCUGGCACCCAUGCGUCUGCCUUGAUCAAGCUUACAAAGGUGAGUUACUGAUCAUGACCCGAGAGUACUUGUUGGAAUUCUUGAUGGGGAUGUACCUCCCGCUUCUCUAAAUCCUCGCCCUAUUUCAGACCAAAAAAAUGUAAUUUUUUACACCCGUUUUCAGACCAGGCCUUUAAAAUCCAUAGGUAGAAAUUAUGUCAUCAUUACUUAGUUUAGACAUAUUACUCUUUCUUAUUUAUUUGGAAUGGAAACGACAAAUACGUUCGCACACUCCCGUAUAGCUCCCUCGAAAACCGUACCUGAUUCCAGACCACAGUAGGCAACAUCUAUACCCUUUUUCAGACCGAAACGGAAAAAAAUUCUCUUUAGCAUUAUUUUUGCGUGGUAAUAUUCGUUGUUCAGCAUUUCGCAAAAUUAAAUUUAAACUGAUUUUGUCGAAUUUUAAAUCAGUCGGGCUUUUCUGAUAUAAUGUUUGAAACCUGUUCAGUUCUGUGCGACAUACUGAACAACUCUGUGAGGUGGAUCUUUAUAUAUCAUUAACUCUCAUAAAGGAAAGACGACCACCAAUCAAAACGAGCGAAAUAGCUGAUAUAUUACUGUACCUUUUUCUUAGAUCAAGAGACUUCCUUCACCCUACAAAACGAACUGCAGACAAAUGAAACUUGCGGCAGUUGAAAGAUACACAAAGGACGGCUGUGCAUUCGAGUGUUCCUCAAACUACACCAUCAAACAAUGUGGAUGCCGUGGUCCUGGAUUUCUAGGUUUAGAAUAGUUUUAAUUUCUUUAAUUUCUUUUUUCUAAGCCAUUUUACUUCCGUUUGUAAGUAUGACUCAGUAAUUUGAAUGAAACACAGUAUUGCCGGCAUUAUGAACUACGGUGAUACAAAUAGUCUUACGUACUCAGUAAGUCGACACCAUUGCUCUUGGUGUUCUUCUAGAUGACAAUGUAACCUGGAAAUCUAGCUCAUAUAACUUUAAUAGCCACUAAAAUGUCUAAAUCUAUGGCCAUUAUUCAUAAAUCUAGGUUUUUUCUCUCUGCUCGCUCUCUUUGUACCUUGUAUAAUUCAACGAUCCUUCCGUAUAUAUAUUAUUGCAAUCUAGUUUGGGGAUGUGACCUACAAAUCUAAUCUUAAAAGGACAGAGUUACUUUAAUUUAUAAGAAGUGCGCACUAAGAAUAUGUAGUAAGCAAAUCUACUAGGUACGAUGCCCAUACUGACCCGAUCUUCUGGAGCAAAAGCUCUUUUCAAGAAAUGUCCAGAUUUCUACUUGUUUCAGUAAGGCCUUUUUAUGUUUUCUUUUAAGAAUUAUCAUUCGGGCCCGUAAAAUUCAAUAACUUUUUUUUUCAGUGAGCAACUAAAUGUAUAAUUAAAGUACAAGGUUAGGUCCAACUCCCUAAAUGCUCCAAUCAAAUCUUGCACAAAUUUUAGGGUUUUUUUCCCAACAAACCGACAGGGCUGAAAAACGUACUACGCAUGUCCGUGACAUCACUUGUUUACUUGUCUAGCCCUUGCGCUAAGUACUCGUGCAAAGUGAAAUUCUUGCAUCUGAGACCAUUUUAUCUUCAACCAUAAGUGUUAAACUCAUAUUUGUGAAUGCCAACAAAGGAGAAAUUCUACGAAUACGUUAGAAAUGCAACUCAUGGAAAGAAAUAUUACGUAAUCUAGGGAUCAAGGAAAAUGUUUUUGACCGUCCCUGCGAGGUUUUCAUUGUUUUGAUACAGAUCGUCAGUAAGUUUGCAGAAAGAUGACUGAGAAAUUAAAAAAGAGCAAUGUGCUGGAGUUUGGGCGACUUUUCUUCGAUGGUAAGUAAACGAUUUACUUAAACAUUACUUUAUUCUAGUUAAGGAGGAGCAAAUCUUUGUAAUGUAGCCGAGCGAAAACAGUUGUUGACCGUUUCUUGGUGGCAAGAAAGCCGGCUUUGAGCGCGAUGAUACCAUCAGACACAAGAAGUCAUGAAAGUCGUAAACUUAGUUACAAGUUAAGUUUUAGUGCGAUCAAAGAAGCUUUUUCGUACAUAUAGCUCUAGCCGGCUUAGAGGCGCUGGUCGAGCUGUAGAAUCAGUAUUUAUUCCGUUAAGUUUGUUUAAAAUUUAAUUUUCACCUUUAAUCUUAUUAAUGAAUAAACUUUUAAGGUUUAAAGCUGUUGAAGUUUUGAGAAACAAUCACAAGUUGGCUCAGCUCUAUGUCAGUUUUCGUAUUAACUAUAACUUUUCCAUUUAUGACAGGUGUGAAUGAAGCAGAAGAAUCAAGGAAUGAAGAUCUAGACUUCGAACAGAAAAAUAAAUGAAAGUUUAUAAAGAGUCAGAUUGUUCUUCUCCCCGUAAUGAAGCUUUUUAGAGAACUUCAAGUCAUUGGUACUUUUACCAGCAGGCAUCGACCGUAUUACUUACCCAUUUACUCUUUUCAACAUUAAUUUUGCCUGUUGUCAUAUACAAAAAUUUAUAAUAGCUCUUUUGAGCUGAGCUAAGAAUAAGUCAUAAAGGGAAACAAGUUUGGAAGAAAGAAUUGAGUUCGAAACUGUGUUCUUACAGUUCUUAUAGUGAAAGCAAGUGAGAUAUAACAAGAGAAAUAACUAAGAGACGAUCAUUCAAGGAAAAACAAAGAUAAAUAAAAUGUACCUUUAAUACUGACACUGAUAUGAUGACCGGACGAUUUCUUACAACUGAUAACAUAUUGAUAGUCUGUACUUUCAUUUCUGUUUAGGCUUGAAAAUGUACACAUUCGGAUGAAAGAACCGUUUUCGGCUUCGUCCGUGAAUCUUCUUUUGUUCAUAGCAAAAAACGGAAGAAAAAUUACGAAGGUGGAAUUCAAUAAAGUAUGAAAUAAUCUACCUUUAGUUUAAAUGGGAACCAUGAAUAUUCGGAAAUUAAACCACCUUAAAAAUCGGGAAAAUGUGAGGAUGUUCUGAAAAUCCUUUUGCAACUGCGAUACUAUUUAAAGCAGGGACGCUUCUUUCCUGCGUCUUCUUUUGUUCAUAGAAAAAAGUAGAAGAAAAAUUACAAAGGUAGAAACUAGAAUUAAAUAAAGUAUGAAAUAAGCUACCUUUAGUUUAGAUGGGAACCUUAAAUAUUCAGAAUCCGCCUUAAAAAUCGCCAAAAUGUGGGGAUGUUUUGAAAAUCCUUUUGCAAACGAUACUCGUUUAGAUCCCAGACCUCUCUACACAUGCGCAGACGUUGUUCAGCUCUGUCCAACAAACCUUCAGUAUUUUAAAGUAGCCUGUGUUCAGAUAAGUUAGCAUGGUUUUUUUUUUUUUUUUUUUUUUGUUUUUUUUUUUUUACCACGCAUAAUUUUUUUUUCUCCUAUAUAUUUUAUCAACAGACGUUAUUAUUAUUAUUAUUAUUAUUAUUAUUAUUAUUAUUAUUAUUAUUAUUAUUAUUAUUAUUAUUAUUAUUAUCUCUUUUAUCGCAGUCUUUGCGGGUGUCCUUUUUGUGCAUCAGCCGGGCGCAAACCAUGCACCUAGAGCGUCAGUCACUCAAGUCAAUCAUUCUGUUCACACACUAAGCACCUUUCUGAGGAUUCGAUCCCAGCAUGCAGAUCUUUUGAAUCUCUGUCAUAGUAGCUCUCUCUGAUACUUUCUUGAUGUUUUCUCUAAUUUAUCUGAUUGAAUUGUUUUUUUUUAAAGGUCCACAGACGGUACCGCUGUGUUCGAUUCGGGACUCUUAUUGUGUUAGGCGAUCUACGGGUAAAAACUACAGUUCAUUCUAUGUCACUUGGUUACUAAUAAAUCCUUCAGUCGUUUGAAUUGUUGUGGAAAACUACGAGACUUUCAUGUAUAAAAUCUAAAACUGAGAUUGACGUAAACAAACGAACACACAUUAUAUAAACUAAGACAAAAUAAAAAAUAGCCCUCAUAAUAAAAAUCCGGUCAACGACCUGCAAUGAACUGUAUAUUUCUGAAAAAAGCAUCUUUUUUCUAGGUAUGCAAUUGGUGUUCAUAUAGUCACUGACCGUUCUCCUGGGACUUAAAAAUCCAUCCCCAUCCGACUCAAAUUCUCCGUUACGGAAUGUUACCAUCGAAAACUGAAAACCGUUAAUUGAUGAUUGAUGUCACUCUGUCAAAAGCAAAAUUUCGCAAAAGUCUAUAAGUAGUCGAAAAUAAUCUGGCACUUUUUCUCCUCUAGCCUCGCUCGUCUAAAAAUUUGGACAAUGCCAAACUUAUCGGCCAAUCAUUUUAAGCUUCUCGCAGAUUUCAUUACGACAGAGUGACGUCACAGAAGUCGUUCCUUAAUGCGAAAGCUUGUUUAAAUUUCACUAUCUUCAAGUUUAAGUUUCGUUUGAAAGGAAUUUGACUCAAAGGCGAAGGAAAUAGUAAGCAUACAAAACAAAUUGACAUCUGUCUCUUUUGAAUAAAGAAAGUGGCUAGUGUCCUUUCUACAAUGACCUUGUCUUUUGAGAUCUUGAUAUUGGCUCUCAGCAAGGGAGGAUAAAGGGGACAGAGAAGGCAUCCCCCAUACACACCCUAUUCCAUAGGGAAUUCGUCUCGAGUUAUUUGUAAGACCACAGAUCCCGAGGGGGAUUAGACGACAGCCAAUCACAUAGCGCGAAUGUGUUCCGCGUGGAUGACACACGCUCAGAGCCACGCGUCCUUCACGAAUUGACGCUGAAAAAAAUGGCGGAAGACGCGGAGAACGAUAUUGCUAUUGGUUUUGUCGACGAAAACGACUAAAGCGAGAUUUCUGCUGCUAAAGCUGUGUCAGCGAAACGGAAAUUAAAAAAGAAUCGCUCUUCCUGUCUUGUAUAGAGCUAACAGUACAGCAGGGAAAUCCUUGACACACUGAAUAUUCUCUCAGGAUCAUUUAUAAUUUACAGUUUGAAGAGAGCAAUUCCUGGCUUGAUAUUUAUUCUUUUAUUAGUCUUUUAUUAUUCAACAAAAAUAACACUUAGCGUCCUACUUGCUUUAUUGUACAAACGACCGGUUUCAAUAGACCGGCGAAAUUUCUCAUUUUAUUAAAGCAAAGAGGUUACGACAACUUCCAGUUAAACUGAUUUCACGGGUUGUCAAAAAGUCCAGCGAUUCCCUUUUCCCAGGUGGGCGCCGAUUCCUUUCUCUUCAAAAUUCAGAAAUGCUCUCAAUCUCUUUACGCUUUCAUUGCCUUUCGCCCGACGUGUUUUGCACGGCGUUUAGUCAUGCGAAACCUUCACGAAACAUCCACAAAGCCCGCGAGGUAACUUUAUCCCGAUUCUAAAAAUAACUCGAGAGAAUUACAUAUGUAAUAGGGUGUGUAUGGGGAAUCGGCCUUCUCUGUCCUUUUUUUCCUCUCUUGCUCUCAUUUAAAACCGUGACCACAGAGCAGUAAUCCUUUUUUGGGGAAAACGGUUUUUGUCUUUAUAUGAGAUAACUGAGCCAGUGUAACAAAGGAUUCUACUAGCGACCACAUUUGCUUCUACGAUCAUGGUUGAUGGAGCAAUUUUCUAACACCAAAAGCCAUGAUUAUGGCUGUUGUUAACACUUACUGUACUGCUUUCAAGUGUAAUCAAAAGAUGACGAGUGAAAUUAGGGGAUCAUUUCUUGACUAUACCUAUUAAUAUCAUGGGUGACAAAUUACGCUCGUAAUCGUUAUUAUUACUUCUGAGAGGGGGGGGGGGGAGCGAUAUAAGUUAGGCAACAAACUGAAAAUUUUAGAGCAUCAAUUUGGGCUUAAUAGGUUCACAAUUAUCUUAAAUUUUCGACGAAAACCCUGUUAGAUCUCUUUCCUGUCUUUAAGUUUUCUAAAUCGUCUUUUAAUGCCCUAGCAUCUUCAUUCACAACAUUUUAAAACCGUAACGCCAUCUUGGCACUGAGACAAACUUUCAGAUGUCAAAUUAUAAAUUAACAGUGAAAUUUCUUGCCAUAAUUAAAGAGCCAUUUGUCACUCAUGAUAUUAGGAAGAGUGUACUAUACAUUAUAAUACUACUAUUAAUAAUAAUAAUAAUAAUAAUCUUUAUACAGGAAGCUCACUUCACAAAGAGUGAUAUUCAGUGAGGCCCUGUAAAACAAUAGAAAAAAUAGAUGAUCUUAGAUAAAUGAAUGCGUAAUAGUAAUAAUAAGUAAAAAGUUAAGAACUAAAAACCUACUAAAUUACGCAAGCUACAGGUUAAAAAUGUUAAAAUGUCAGAUAGAUUAAAAUAUUAAAAGCUAUAAAAUAUCUAAAAUAUAUAGCUUAUAUUUUUAGUUAUCAGUUGUAGAAAGUUUGGGAUCUAAUACACCUCUUGUUUCUUUUCAGAUCAGUUUAAUAUAACGUCAUGUUCCAGCUGCAGCAACGCAUGCUCCGAACUGGAAUACGAACCACGUGUUUCCUAUUCCAAAUUCCCGGAUGUUUCAAUAGCUACCAUUUUCCAUCAUUACUUUCAUAAAACAGAGAGUCUCAAAUAUAUGCAGUAAGUUGUAAUUAAAAGCACCUUUAUAAGAAGCCAUGGAUCAAUUUAGGUUACUUGGAAACUUCCCACCUACCCCUCCCCUAAGCCAUCCUUUUGCCCAAAGUAAGGAGUAAGUGUUAAUGUUAGCUUAGGCGAGGAGUAGGUGGGCAGUUUACCAGAAAACUAAAUUGAUUUAGGGAGUAUUGUGUUUAUGAUUUUAACAUUUUACCAAUUAUGUAUUACGAUUAGAGGAAGGGUGAAAGAAGUAGCAAAAUUUUAACCUCAAAUGGCAUAAAAUAAAUUAAGCGUUAAAAUUCUCAAAGCCACUGCAGUAUUUGUAACUCAGACUUGUAGUUAUGACUUUCUGCUUUUCACUCUCCCGAUAUUGUCCAUACAGUCCCGACACUUUAAAAAUCAAAUGCAAAUUAUAGCAAUUAGUAUAAAUUGUAAUCACGAUCUGUCUUUUCAUUGGCUAAGAACCUACAGUUAAUUUUAGAAAUCAGCGCAAUCUACAGUUUAGUUAGUUAUCUGUUAGCAGCUUACUGAAAAAUCUGUAGGUUGUUCGCAAAGUGCAUGAUUUCCAAGAGCAAUGUCAAACCGUUUUCCAUGCGAUGCUGUGUUUAUCCUUAUUUUGUUUAAAACAGUGAGUAAUAAAACAAUUACGUAGUAGAUUCGGUUUUUGUGAUAUCCCGAAUAAUCAAGGUCUCAGUAAGUGUCUGAUCAGCACUUUCUAACCUUGAUUAUUCCAGAUGUCACAAGAACUUCAUCCACUAUCAGCCCACUAUCAACCCACUGAUUAUGAGACCAUAAGAUCAUAGCAACGGACAGUUCCAAAUAUAGUCAUAAUACCCACUUACUCAUCUUUUUUUCCACAUUCUAAGGGAAAACUAUGUGUUUCUUCAAGUGGGUUUUCAACGACUGUCCUACGAAAUGAGGGAAGAUGUUCCAAGCUAUGGAUCCGAGAGCCUCUUAGGUGAGUAAAGUAUCGAGAAAGAAUUAUUUCUCGAUUUUGAGUUUUUUAAGGCCGUUUUUAUCGUUAAUUUCGAAAUGAGCAGUGUCUUUACUCUUUUCAAAUGUACUUGUUAAUUGGAAGCUCUCCAAAAUCUCCUUGGAUGAAAAUAGUUAAUGAAAAAUAGUUAAUCACAGUUUUAGUACAAAAACUCUCUCUUAUCCAGAACAGGUUCAUUGCAAUAGUUGAACCACAACGACUAUCUGCAUGCACUAGGCUUCGUAGCAAAAGAGGAGGCGUGGUUCCCUGGCGUUCUAACCAAAAAAAGGAACCGACACCUGCCAUGCAGGGCUUCGCAUGCCUAGUCAGAUCAAUACCAGACACUCAAAGACGAGAAUUACUCUUACCACUCGUCGUAGACUGUGACUGUACUAACACCAGUGUAACAACUUGUAGCGCUUCUGAUUGACUAGGAUUUAUUUCCGUGCUUACUGACGACCUAGCUUUUUAGCAAGUAUCUCCGAUCCUCGUCUGCAUGCAUAUAACCCGCUUACUCAGAGUUUCGAAAUGUUGAUACACAGUCCUGAGAAGCUUAUUAUAUCUCCAUUUCAUCACAACACUAAAAAUGAAAAUUACUAACUUCCGGCAGUGGAUUCAUUUCACGUGCUAGCCUGUUCCAGGCAUAUUCAGAUAGUGGGGACGGCGCAAAAAAUAGUGAGCAGAAAAACACCGCGGAGGGGGGGCAGGGGCUGGUGAACGCCUGGAACGUAACAGGCUAUUAACGCGUGUGCGAACAGACGUCGUUUCUAUCUUGUUCAUUCUUGUAAAUUAAUAAAACCCAUAACAAAGGAAAAGAAACUUUAACAACAAAUGAUCGCGUCUGUUUCUACAAUUUCAGGUGAACUUGGUGGUAAUAUGGGCUUACUUCUUGGCUGCAGUGUACUGACUAUCUGCGAGUUCUUCGACUUUUUGUGGGAAUCAAUUAAGUCCCGAAUAAGGCGCCCUAAUCAACAGAAUAGUGUUUCUUCGAGCGAUUUUUGACUCAAGUUGUCAGUAAUAUUGUUCGACCUGUAGAUCUAUAGAAAUUAGAAAUAUGGACAACACAUAAUCACAAGAACAUCAUAUUUUAUCCCAACGAUUGUUAAAUCAUCACGCCCUGACUAGUUUUCAACAAGCCACAGGUAGCAAAAUAAACUUUUAAGAUUAUCAGUAAGAUUAAGAUUAUCUGUUUUUGUUGCUGUUGUUCUACAUUAUCUUUGUUGCCAGUUGAUAAAAAAUACCAGACGAAUAUUUACUGAACCGGCCUGAGUCCCAGGGGUUCUCCCUUAUUUGGCCUGAACGGGUAUUCGCCGCCGAACAGAGUAUGGUUUUCGGGCAUACAAUUAAACUAUUAAUUUACGUCUUGAACGAGUUUUUUUUUCUUGACGGAAGCACUGAACAGGGUGUCAACGUUCGCUUUGCGUGGUGUACAAUAAUAAUAAUAAUGGUCUAAUAAUAAUCGAUUGAUUAAUUUCUAUUGUGCAAUUAUUACUUAAUUAAUUUAAGAAAAAUACUUAAUUCUGAGUGCGAAAUAAAAUGAUUUAGGGUCAUAAAAAAGGUCUCUUGACUAAUACAGGGUAGCGAAGGGUUUGAAGGCGUUUGUGGCAUAUCCCAACCCCGAAAAACUCUAGUGAGCAAAUGCGACGGCUAAACACGUAUUCUGCAAAUGAAUCCAUCCUCAAGAGGCCCCAUCUACACGAUGGAUUCCGGAUAUUCAGAAAACCGCGAAAUUUUUUUAAAAACGAAUCGGUCCCCUGUCCACACGAAACAUAGAAUCCGCCCACCUUAGGCUUAGGCACAUAAUUCCGGAAAGAAUUUUUUUUUUUUUGGAAUUUUACUCAUCAAAAAGAAUUUUGGAAAAUCUCGGGAAUUUUAGGGGGGAAAUCGACAAAUUCGAGAAUUUUAGAGCAAUUUGAGCAUUCACCUGACAUUUUGGCAAUAUUUCACGGCUAAAUGUUGACAAAACCUUUUUUUUUUGUAUUCCUACCGACCAAGAGAGGGCUCAGUCCGCUUAAAUGCUACAGCAGUGUCUAAAGCACCGUCUACUGAGCACAACAAAUCAGCGGCUUUUCAUCAGAGUCGUCUACACUACAACUUAUCAGCGGUUAUUCACCAAAAGGGGCCCUCGCUAUCAAAAAAAGCCGAAAUUUUUUAAGAAUUUUUUGGUGAAUUUCAGUGGAUUUUUUUAUCUCAAGGAUUUGCGAUUUUGUAGACGAUAAAGACUGGGUAUUUUGGAAUUCAAUUAGGUCAAAAACCUGGCCCGGUCUUAAAAGAGCAAUUGCAAAUUCAAAAUAGCGGACAACAACCUUCUGUUUUUAUUGUUUGCUGGAGCUUUUUUCCAGUCUUGUUGCUUGCAUUGAAAUCAAAAUUUCGACUUUUACGGCAACAAGAAGACAUUUUAGGAGUAAGCUAAAUCUUAAUACAUCGAAAGUAGUCUAUUAGCUAUUGCUGGUGUCUUUGUGACGUCAUCAAUUCGAAACAAACUGUCAAUCUUAGUUUCGGCUUUCAGAUUGUGGAUCGCGAGUGUAAAAAGAAGCGAGUGCUCUCCCGCUUCUUCCAUUGUUCUUUUUUUUCUUCUCUCUGUAUAUUUUUUCGCCUGCGUUCCACUAUCUGAAAGCCUGAAACUGGCUAAUAUUGAUCACUUAAACGGGGAAUGGGGGAGAAAGAACGAGCAUGGGGAGGGGGGUGGGGAAUGAAAAAUGGGAACAAAGCAGAGACCUGGAAAAGAAGUUACUGAUAGGGCUAAGGUUAGUAACAACAACAAUAUUUCCGUUUGACUUGGAACAUUCAUGCAUAGUCAUACAUACCGGCUAAGUACACGAAUCGUUUUACAAAACUCGACGUUUGCUGCAAGGUAUCUCGGAGCAAAAGCUUAAGCCCCCCAAUUCCUCGGCUCCGUUGUAUUUGUACUGAAAGCAGCGUCAAACGUCAAUAUGUAUUAAAGACGUAUCACAUGCAAGGUCCCCAAAAAUCGUAUUCCCCGCCUUUCGUCUUUCAAGACUCCAUUUGUCAAAUCCGGAACGCCUGUUAAGGAAAUAUCUUCAAUGGUGGGAUUAUUUUAAUUGACUACAUAUAAUACUAGGUCACUAGGAUAUACUGUUGCCACAACAUGGGCUACUUAAUUAUCAACUCACUACAGGACCAUUCCGCUUCGUAAAGCAAACUUUGCAAUUGCAUCAUCUUCGGGUAGGGGCCUUCAAAUAAAUUGACAACUUCGUCCAGAUCGAUAGGCAUAUCGUCCUUGAUAUGUAUGAUAGCCAGUGAGGAGAGCCUACUCUCGCCCAGGGUAAUUUAAACUGAGCUAAAACACUUAAAAUUUGUUUUCCAUUCCUCCACUAUUUGCUGAAAACCGAAAAUUAACAAGUUGUGUUUUUAGUCCUCCAUCAUUGACCCGAAAGGGGGUUCGUUUGAACCCCUCGAACCCCUCCUCCUACGCGCCUGGAAAUAUAUGGAAAAGAAUCAUCGUACAACGAAACUCUCACUUUUUUCUUUGCAGUCUGUUUGGGUGGGGUCACAUUUUUCGAAAGGUUGACUGAUCCUAAGGAUACACAAAAACUAUAUCAGGCUACUGAUUAAACUAGACGUCAAUACAGUAUAGAGGACUAGAUCUUGACGCCAAAUUCCACCAAAUUAAUUGAACAAACUUGGCAUGGACUUGAUUAAUUUCACACUGUUUAUAUGUGUUUCUAUCCUUAUUUUUCGUAUACAUCGCACAAAUAUUUAUGAUCAUAAAGAGAUAUGAUAAAAAACCACUCGGAUAACGGAUUACCGAACUCAGUAUUUUGAGGAAAGCAACGCAUAAUUUUAUUUUAUUUUUCGUUGACGUGAUCCAAUAACAUUACACAACGAUAUUUCUUCUUAUAUUCUGUAUUUAUGUUUUUUCUCUUUGGUAAUGCAUCAUUACAUAGUUAAUGGAGGUGACUGGUUAUGAAGCCCGGCAAACAUCAAAUGAGAAAACAAAGAUGCCAAGAUUUAUGUUAGAAGGUCCACGACCCUUCACAAUCUUUUGUUUUGCGUUCAUACGUUAUGCAUGAAUUACGUAACCAGUACGUUUCUAUUGGUUAGUUCCUCAGUACGAAGUAAACAACUAUUGUGUUUUGUGCAGGGUCAAGGCCAAAAAAGAGAACAAAAACAUACAACAAAGAACUUUGUCGGGUUUCAUAACCAUUCCCUCUAUUAACUAUGAUCAUUAUCAUGAGACUGAAAUCAACCCCAAAAUUGAUGAAAUUGCUCAUAAUUAAAUUAACAGGUUUUUUUGGCAAGAUGAUGAAGCAGCUGUUUUGGUAGUUGAACAGACAAGCAACCAACUGUGAACCUUAACGAACUGCUUCCUCGCUUGUUUUCUAACAAUAGUAACUUUUGGGCGACUUACCAAGGUAUGUAAACUAUUUAAAUCAAACAGUAAUUGCCUACGCAGUCAGACUUUGCCUUGAAUGUUUCUGGGACAGUCGAGAAGUCUAUCCAUUAGUGUCUUAUCGGUAAGUUCGGGCGGCUUUAUGCGAAAUUCAGGUAAAGUAAUCGAUUACAAACAGUUACUGAAUCGGACUGUUGCAGACAUUUCAAAAGUGACAGCAGUCUUUGUUCUGGGUUAGCGUAGGUUCUGAGAGAUGCCAUCACUGUUGCGGGCGACGUUUUAAUUUUUUAUUUGUUAAUUUGCUAACGCAUCUUCACGAAGCUACUUAACAAAAAAGAUUAACAUUUCAACCAAAAACCAUAACUGCACAUGUACAUGUAGUCAACAAGUUUGUUCCUUUUGCUGAUAGCGGUGAAUAAUUCGUCCGCGUUUUCUUUUUUACUUUUAUUUUUCUUAGCAGAUCGCAAAACGGGUGUUGCAUAAACCUUACAUUUCAUGUUUUGCAUCUUAUAGACUGAUAUCGGUAGGCUUCUUUUUAGAUAGGAAGAAAAUUGACUGAAACGUGGCUCAUUCGAAAUUUUUCUCUGGCUUGGAAAAAAAAUUAACAGCCAAAGUGACGUUCUUUUUUUUUAUCCGAAACCUUGGCCAUUUGAUGUCCAAUCUUUCUUUAACAUUUAUUGAAUCCUUUCUUAAGUUGAUUGGUUAUCUCUUCUUAACUACAGACGAUGUUAAAACCCAUAGGCGAUUCUUACGGAUAGAUUUAACUUUUUGGUUAUAAAUCGAUAAAAAUGUGGUUUCAGCCUUCAGGAGUAAAAAUAGUUCACUAAAAAGGUAGUUGUAUAGAUAUCUAGUUCUGAAAGAGUCAAACAGAUUCCGUUUACCCCUAUGAGUCUCAGAAAUAUCAUUUUCAGUACAAAUACAAUUUUGAAAAAUUGAUAUGAGAAACAAGAAAACACCCCGUAGAUAACCAUGAUAACGACUGAAUUAUUUAACGUAUUUAUUUAUAGCUGCUAUUUAAUUUGUUCUGAUUGUUUGAUUUUCAGGUAUGGUAAGGAAAGUGGUUGUGAGGCCCAUCGAUGAUGGCUCCAAUUCCGCGAACGAAGAGAUGAAAUCAGAGAAUCGCGACUCCCACGAAUGGACAGAAUUUGCUUCCAAUACAACUCUCCACGGACUUAGACACGUCGUCCAUGGAAACCAUUCUCCUUUGAAGCGAGCUAUUUGGCUUCUGUUUCUUUUCGCCGCUGCAAGCUUAUUCAUGUUUCUUUCCGUCAUCAGCUUCAAAAAAUUUUUUUCUUUGCCGAUCAAGACAGUAUUUUCACUGGAAACACCAACUAAUGGCUUGACCUUCCCUGCCGUAACCAUUUGUAAUUUGAACAUGUUUAUGCGAUCUAAGAUUGAUGUGGCUGAUGAUGAUGAGAGGUUUUAUCAGAUGGGAUUAAACAUUAGUGGAUGCAAUGAAACUCGUAGUGUUCGCGGAAACCUCACCUGUGGCCAGGCUCUUUUGUGUGCCUAUGGGUGGUUUGGACCGGCUUUGGUAAAAGGCUGCAAUGGGUCAACUCAACAGAAAAUAAUAGAUGUUCUGAAUCGGUCAUCAGAACGUUUGUACAAUGAAGAGGAAUUUUUUACCAGAUAUGGCCAUGAAAUGCGUAGCAUGUUGAUCCUAUACUGCCGUUUCAAAUCAAAAAUCAGAUGUUCUGAUAAGGACUUUGUUCCGCACCUGACUAAAGAAGGGCUCUGCUUCACUUUCAACUCGGGUUUAAAUGACAUUCCAUUGCAUCAUACAACUUAUGAAGGUGCUGAUUCUGGUCUUAGCAUUAUACUCGAUGUUCAAACCAACGAGAGCACAUUGAACGAAUUCUCUACUGGUUUGAAAGUGAUAGUGCACGAACAAAAUACAUUCAUCAAUCGCUAUGACGGCUUCAAUGUCUUACCUGGCACCCAUGCGUCUGCCUUGAUCAAGCUUACAAAGGUGAGUUACUGAUCAUGACCCGAGAGUACUCGUUGAAAUUCUUGAUGGGGCUGUACCUCCUGGUUCUCUAAAUCCUCGCCCUAUUUCAGACCAAAAAAAAUGUAAUAUUUUACACCCAUUUUCAGACCAGGCCUUCAUUUAAAAUCCAUAGGCAGAAAUUAUGUCAUCAUUACUUAGUUUAGACAUAUUACUCUUUCUUAUUUAUUUGGAAUGGAAACGACAAAUACGUUCGCACACUCCCGUAGCGCCCUCGAAAACCGUACCUGAUUCCAGACCACAGUAGGCAACAUCUAUACCCUUUUUCAGACCGAAACGGCCGAAACGGAAAAAAAAUUCUCUUCAGUAUUAUUUUUGCGUGGUAAAAUUCGUUGUUCAGCAUUUCGCAAAAUUAAAUUUAAACUGAUUUUGUCGAAUUUUAAAUCAGUCGGGCUUUUCUGGUAUAAUGUUUGAAACCUGUUCAGUUCUGUGCGACAUACUGAACAACUCUGUGAGGUGGAUCUUUAUAUAUCAUUAACUCUCAUAAAGGAAAGACGACCACCAAUAAAAACGAGCGAAGUAGCUGAUAUAUUACUGUACCUUUUUCUUAGAUCAAGAGACUUCCUUCACCCUACAAAACGAACUGCAGACAAAUGAAACUUGCGGCAGUUGAAAGAUACACAAAGGACGGCUGUGCAUUCGAGUGUUCCUCAAACUACACCAUCAAACAAUGUGGAUGCCGUGGUCCUGGAUUUCUAGGUUUAGAAUAGUUUUAAUUUCUUUAAUUUCUUUUUUCUAAGCCAUUUUACUUCCGUUUGUAAGUAUGACUCAGUAAUUUGAAUGAAACACAGUAUUGCCGGCAUUAUGAACUACGGUGAUACAAAUAGUCUUACGUACUCAGUAAGUCGACACCAUUGCUCUUGGUGUUCUUCUAGAUGACAAUGUAACCUGGAAAUCUAGCUCAUAUAUGUUUAAUAGCCACUAAAAUGUCUAAAUCUAUGGCCAUUAUUCAUAAAUCUAGGUUUUUUCUCUCUGCUCGCUCUCUUUGUACCUUGUAUAAUUCAACGAUCCUUCCGUAUAUAUAUUAUUGCAAUCUAGUUUGGGGAUGUGACCUACAAAUCUAAUCUUAAAAGGACAGAGUUACUUUAAUUUAUAAGAAGUGCGCACUAAGAAUAUGUAGUAAGCAAAUCUACUAGGUACGAUGCCCAUACUGACCCGAUCUUCUGGAGCAAAAGCUCUUUUCAAGAAAUGUCAAGAUUUCUACUUGUUUCAAUAAGGCCUUUUUAUGUUUUCUUUUAAGAAUUAUCAUUCGGGCCCGUAAAAUUCAAUAACUUUUUUUUUCAGUGAGCAACUAAAUGCAUAAUUAAAGUACAAGGUUAGGUCCAACUCCCUAAAUGCUCCAAUCAAAUCUUGCACAAAUUUUGGGUUUUUUUUCCCAACAAACCGACAGGGCUGAAAAACGUACUACGCAUGUCCGUGACAUCACUUGUUUACUUGUCUAGCCCUUGCGCUAAGUACUCGUGCAAAGUGAAAUUCUUGCAUCUGAGACCAUUUUAUCUUCAACCAUAAGUGUUAAACUCAUAUUUGUGAAUGCCAACAAAGGAGAAAUUCUACGAAUACGUUAGAAAUGCAACUCAUGGAAAGAAAUAUUACGUAAUCGAGGGAUCAAGGAAAAUGUUUUUGACCGUCCCUGCGAGGUUUUCAUUGUUUUGAUACAGAUCGUCAGUAAGUUUGCAGAAAGAUGACUGAGAAAUUAAAAAAGAGCAAUGUGCUGGAGUUUGGGCGACUUUUCUUCGAUGGUAAGUAAACGAUUUACUUAAACAUUACUUUAUUCUAGUUAAGGAGGAGCAAAUCUUUGUAAUGUAGCCGAGCGAAAACAGUUGUUGACCGUUUCUUGGUGGCAAGAAAGCCGGCUUUGAGCGCGAUGAUAACAUCAGACACAAGAAGUCAUGAAAGUCGUAAACUUAGUUACAAGUUAAGUUUUAGUGCGAUCAAAGAAGCUUUUUCGUACAUAUAGCUCUAGCCGGCUUAGAGGCGCCGGUCGAGCUGUAGAAUCAGUAUUUACUCGGUUAAGUUUGUUUAAAAUUUAAAUUGCACCUUUAAUCUUAUUAAUGAAUAAACUUUUAAGGUUUAAAGCUGUUGAAGUUUUGAGAAAAAAUCACAAGUUGGCUCAGCUCUAUGUGAGUUUCCGUAUUAACUAUAACUUUUCCAUUUAUGACAGGUGUGAAUGAAGCAGAAGAAUCAAGGAAUGAAGAUCUAGACUUCGAACAGAAAAAUAAAUGAAAGUUUAUAAAGAGUCAGAUUGUUCUUCUCCCCGUAAUGAAGCUUUUUAGAGAACUUCAAGUCAUUGGUACUUUUACCAGUAGGCAUCGACCGUAUUACUUACCCAUUUACUCUUUUCAACAUUAAUUUUGCCUGUUGUCAUAUACAAAACUUUAUAAUAGCUCUUUUGAGCUGAGCUAAGAAUAAGUCAUAAAGGGAAACAAGUUUGGAAGAAAGAAUUGAGUUCGAAACUGUGUUCUUACAGUUCUUAUAGUGAAAGCAAGUGAGAUAUAACAAGAGAAAUAACUAAGAGACGAUCAUUCAAGGAAAAACAAAGAUAAGUAAAAUGUACCUUUAAUACUGACACUGAUAUGAUGACCGAACGAUUUCUUAGAACUGAUAACAUAUUGAUAGUCUGUACUUUCAUUUCUGUUUAGGCUUGAAAAUGUACACAUUCGGAUGAAAGAACCGUUUUCGGCUUCGUCCGUGCAUCUUCUUUUGUUCAUAGCAAAAAACGGAAGAAAAAUUACGAAGGUGGAAUUCAAUAAAGUAUGAAAUAAUCUACCUUUAGUUUAAAUGGGAACCUUGAAUAUUCGGAAAUUAAACCACCUUAAAAAUCGGGAAAAUGUGAGGAUGUUCUGAAAAUCCUUUUGCAACUGCGAUACUAUUUAAAGCAGGGACGCUUCUUUCGUGCGUCUUCUUUUGUUCAUAGAAAAAAGUAGAAGAAAAAUUACAAAGGUAGAAACUAGAAUGAAAUAAAUUAUGAAAUAAGCUACCUUCAGUUUAAAUGGGAACCUUAAAUAUUCAGAAUCCACCUUAAAAAUCGCCAAAAUGUGAGGAUGUUUUGAAAAUCCUUUUGCAAACGAUACUCGUUUAGAUCCCAGACCUCUCUACACAUGCGCAGACGUUGUUCAGCUCUGUCCAACAAACCUUCAGUAUUUUAAAGUAGCCUGUGUUCAGACCCCCCCUCCUUAUUAUUAUUAUUAUUAUUAUUAUUAUUAUUAUUAUUAUUAUUAUUAUUAUUAUUAUUAUUAUUAUUAUCUCUUUUAUCGCAGUCUUUGCGGGUGUCCUUUUUGUGCAUCAGCCGGGCGCAAACCAUGCACCUAGAGCGUCAGUCACUCAAGUCAAUCAUUCUGUUCAUACACUAAGCACCUUUCUGAGGAUUCGAUCCCAGCAUGCAGAUCUUUUGAAUCUCCGUCAUAGUAGCUCUCUCUGAUACUUUCUUGAUGUUUUCUCUAAUUUAUCUGAUUGAAUUGUUUUUUUUAAAGGUCCACAGACGGUACCGCUGUGUUCGAUUCGGGACUCUGAUUGUGUUAGGCGAUCUACGGGUAAAAACUACAGUUCAUUCUAUGUCACUUGGUUACUAAUAAAUCCUUCAGUCGUUUGAAUUGUUGUGGAAAACUACGAGACUUUCAUGUAUAAAAUCUAAAACUGAGAUUGACGUAAACAAACGAACACACAUUAUAUAAACUAAGACAAAAUAAAAAAUAGCCCUCAUAAUAAAAAUCCGGCCAACGACCUGCAAUGAACUGUUUACUUCUGAAAAAGCAUCUUUUUUUCUAGGUAUGCAAUUGGUGUUCAUAUAGUCACUGACCGUUCUCCUGGGACUUAAAAAUCCAUCCCCAUCCGACUCAAAUUCUCCGUUACGGAAUGUUACCAUCGAAAACUGAAAACCGUUAAUUGAUGAUUGAUGUCACUCUGUCAAAAGCAAAAUUGCGCAAAAAUCUAUAAGCGGUCGAAAAUAAUCUGGCACUUUUUCUCCUCUAGUCUCGCUCGUCUAAAAAUUUGGACAAUGCCAAACUUAUCGGCCAAUCAUAUUAAGCUUCUCGCAGAUUUCAUUAGGACAGAGUGACGUCACAGAAGUCGUUCCUUAAUGCGAAAGCUUGUUUAAAUUUCACUAUCUUCAAGUUUAAGUUUCGUUUGAAAGGAAUUUUACUCAAAGGCGAAGGAAAUAGUAAGCAUACAAAACAAAUUGACAUCUGUCUCUUUUGAAUAAAGAAAGUGGCUAGUGUUCUUUCUACAAUGACCUUGUCUUUUGAGAUCUUGAUAUUGGCUCUCAGCAAGGGAGGAUAAAGGGGACAGAGAAGGCAUCCCCCAUACACACCCUAUUCCAUAGGUAAUUCGUCUCGAGUUACUUUUAAGACCACAGAUCCCUAGGGGGAUUAGACAACAGCCAAUCACAUAGCGCGAAUGUGUUCCGCGUGGAUGACCCACGCUCAGAGCCACGCGUCCUUCACGAAUUGACGCUGAAAAAAAUGGCGGAAGACUAGGAGAACGAUAUUGCUAUUCGUUUUGUCGACGAAAACGACUAAAGCGAGAUUUCUUCUGCUAAGGCUGUGUCAGCGAAACGGAAAUUAAAAAAGAAUCGCUCUUCCUGUCUUGUACAGAACUAACAGUACAGCCGGGAAAUCCUUGACACACUGAAUAUUCUCUCAGGAUCAUUUAUAAUUUACAUUUUGAAGAGAGCAACUUCUGGUUUGAUAUUUAUUCUUUUAUUAGUCUUUUGUUAUUCAACAAAAAUAACACUUGGCGUCCUACUUGCUUUAUUGUACAAACGACCGGUUUCAACAGACCGGCAAAAUUUCUCAUUUUAUUAAAGCAAAGAGGUUACGACAACUUCCAGUUAAAGUGAUUUCACGGGUUGUCAAAACGUCCAGCGAUUCCCUUUUCCCCGGUGAGCGCAGAUUCCUUUCGCUUCAAUAUUCAGAAAUGCUCUCAAUCUCUUUACGCUUUCAUUGCCUUUCGCCCGACAUGUUUUGCGCGGCGUUUAGUCAUGCGAAACAUCCACGAAACAUUCACGCAGCGUGCGAGGUAAAUUUAUCCCGAUUCUAAAAAUAACUCGAGAGAAUUACCUAUGGAAUAGGGUGUGUAAAGGGAAUGCCUUCUCUGUCCUUUUUUUCUUCUCUUGCUCUCAGUUAAAACCGUUACCACAGAGCAGUAAUCCUUUUUUUGGGAAAACGGUUUUUGUCUUUAUAUGAGAUAACGGAGCCAGGGUAACAAAGGAUUCUACUAGCGACCACAUUUGCUUCUACGAUCAUGGUUGAUGGAGCAAUUUUCUAACACCAAGUGUAAUCAAAGAUGACGAGUGAAAUUAGGGGAUCAUUUCUUGACUAUACCUAUUAAUAUCAUGGGUGACAAAUUACGCUCGUAAUCGUUAUUAUUACUUCUGAGGGGGGAGGGGGGGAACGAUAUAAGUUAGGCAACACACUGAAAAUUUUAUGACAUUAGGAAGAGUGCAUUAUACAUUAUAAUACUAAUAAUAAUAAUAAUAAUAAUAAUAAUUGUCUUUAUACAGGAAGCUCACUUCACAAAGAGUGAUAUUCAGUGAGGCCCUGUAAAACAAUAGAAAAAAUAGAUGAUCUUAGAUAAAUGAAUGCGUAAUAGUAAUUAUAAGUAAAAAGUUAAGAACUAAAAACCUAUUAAAUUAUGCAAGCUACAGGUUAAAAAUGUUAAAAUGUCAGAUAGAUUAAAAUAUUAAAAGCUAUAAAAUAUCUAAAAUAUAUAGCUUAUAUUUUUAGUUAUCAAUUGUAGAAAGUUUGGGAUCUAUUAUACCUCUUGUUUAUUUUCAGAUCAGUUUAAUAUAACGUCAUGUUCAAGCUGCAGCAACGCAUGCUCCGAACUGGAAUACGAACCACGUGUUUCCUAUUCCAAAUUCCCGGAUGUUUCAAUAGCUACCAUUUUCCAUCAUUACUUUCAUAAAACAGAGAGUCUCAAAUAUAUGCAGUAAGUUGUUAUUAAAAGCACCUUUAUAAGAAGCCAUGGAUCAAUUUAGGUUACUGGGAAACUUCCCACCUACCCCUCCUCUAAGCCAUCCUUUCGCCCAAAGUAAGGAGUAAGUGUUAAUGUUAGCUUAGGCGAGGAGUAGGUGGGCAGUUUACCAGAAAGCUAAAUUGAUUUAGGGAGUAUUGUGUUUAUGAUUUUAACAUUUUACCAAUUAUGUAUUACGAUUAGAGGAAGGGUGAAAGAAGUAGCAAAAUUUUAACCUCAAAUGGCAUAAACAAAAUUAAGCGUUAAAAUUCUCAAAGCCACUGCAGUAUUUGUAAGUCAGACUUGUAGUUAUGGCUUUCUGCUUUUCACUCUCCCGAGAUUGUCCUCACAUUCCCGACACUUUAAAAAUCAAAUGCAAAUUAUAGCAUUAGGUAUAAAUUGUAAUCACUAUCUGUCUUUUUAUUGGCUGAGAGCCUACAGUUAAUUUUAGAAAUCAGCGCAAUCUACAGUUUAGUUAGUUAUCUGUUAGCAGCUUACUGAAAAAUCUGUAGGUUGUUCGCAAAGUGCAUGAUUUCCAAGAGCAAUGUCAAACCGUUUUCCAUGCGAUGCUCUGUUUAUCCUUGUUUUGUUUGAAACAGUGAGUAAUAAAACAAUUACGUAUUAGAUUCGGUUUUUGUGAUAUCCGGAAUAAUCAAGGUCUCAGUAAGUGUCUGAUCAGCACUUUCUAACCUUGAUUAUUCCAGAUAUCACAAAAACUUCAUCCACUAUCAGCCCACUAUCAACCCACUGAUUAUGAGACCAUAAGAUCAUAGCAACGGACAGUUCCAAAUAUAGUCAUAAUACCCACUUACUCAUCUUUUUUUCCACAUUCUAAGGGAAAACUAUGUGUUUCUUCAAGUGGGUUUUCAACGAAUGUCCUACGAAAUGAGGGAAGAUGUUCCAAGCUAUGAAUCCGAGAGCCUCUUUGGUGAGUAAAGUAUCGAGAAAGAAUUAUUUCUCGAUUUUGAGUUUUUUAAGGCCGUUUUUAUCGUUAAUUUCGAAAUGAGCAGUGUCUUUACUCUUUUCAAAUGUACUUGUUAAUUGGAAGCUCUCCAAAAUCUUCUUGGAUGAAAAUAGUUAAUGAAAAAUAGUUAAUCACAGUUUUAGCACAAAAACUCUCUCUUAUCCAGAACAGGUUCAUUGCGAUAGUUGAACCGCAACGACUACCUGCAUGCACUAGGCUUCGUAGCAGGCGCCGGUUAUUUGAGGACGGAGCAGAGGGAGAAAUUUCGCGUGCGAACGGAGGCAAAAGAGGAGGCGUGGUUCCCUGGCGUUCUAACCGAAAAAAGGAACCGACACCUGCCAUGCAGGGCUUCGCAUGCCUAGUCAGAUCAGUACCAGACACUCAAAGACGAGAAUUACUCUUACCACUCGGCGUAGACUGUGACUGUACUAACACCAAUGUAACAACUUGUUGCGCUUCUGAUUGACUAGGAUUUAUUUCCGUGCUUACUGACGACCUAGCUUUUUAGCAAGUAUCUCCGAUCCUCGUAUGCAUGCAUAUAACCCGCUCACUCAGAGUUUCGAAAUGUUGAUACACAGUCCUGAGAAACUUAUUAUAUCUCCAUUUCAUCACAACACUAAAAAUUAAAAUUACUAACUUCCGGCAGUGGAUUCAUUUCACUUGCUAGCCUAAUCCUGGCAUAUUCAGAUAGUGGGGACGGCGCAAAAAAUAGUGAGCAGAAAAACACACCGGGGGGGGGGGCAGGGGCUGGUGAACGCCUGGAACGUAACAGGCUAUUAACGCGUGUGCGAACAGACGUCGUUUCUAUCUUGUUCAUUCUUGUAAAUUAAUAAAACCCAUAACAAAGGAAAAGAAGCUUUAACAACAAAUGAUCGCGUCUGUUUCUACAAUUUCAGGUGAACUUGGUGGUAAUAUGGGCUUACUUCUUGGCUGCAGUGUACUGACUAUCUGCGAGUUCUUCGACUUUUUGUGGGAAUCAAUUAAGUCCCGAAUAAGGCGCCCUAAUGAACAGAAUAAUGUUUCUUCGAGCGAUUUUUGACUCAAGUUGUCAGUAAUAUUGUUCGACCUGUAGAUCUAUAGAAAUUAGAAAUAUGGACAACACAUAAUCACAAGAACAUCAUAUUUUAUCCCAACGAUUGUUAAAUCAUCACGCCCUGACUAGUUUUCAACAAGCCACAGGUAGCAAAAUAAACUUUUAAGAUUAUCAGUAAGAUUAAGAUUAUCUGUUUUUGUACAUUAUCUUUGUUGCCAGUCGAUAAAAAAUACCAGACGCAUGUUUACUGAACCGGCCUGAGUCCCAGGAGCUCUCCCUUAUUUGGCCUGAAGGGGUAUUCGCCGCCGAACAGAGUAUGGUUUUCGGGCAUACAAUUUUACUAUUAAUUUACGUCUGGAACGGGUUUUUUUUUUUCUUGACGGAAGCACUGAACAGGGUGUCAACGUUCGCUUUGCGUGGUCUACAAUAAUAAUAAUAAUAAUAGUCUAAUAAUAAUCGAUUGAUUAAUUUCUAUUGUGCAAUUAUUACUUAAUUAAUUUAAGAAAAAUACUUAAUUCUGAGUGCGAAAUAAAAUGAUUUAGGGUCAUAAAAAAGGUCUCUUGACUAAUACAGGGUAGCGAAGGGUUUGAAGGCGUUUGUGGCAUAUCCCAACCCCGAAAAACUCUAGUGAGCAAAUGCGACGGCUAAACACGUAUUCUGCAAAUGAAUCCAUCCUCAAGAGGCCCCAUCUACACGAUGGAUUCCGGAUAUUCAGAAAACCGCGAAAUUUUUUUAAAAACGAAUCGGUCCCCUGUCCACACGAAACACACCUUAGGCUUAGGCACAUAAUUCCGGAAAGAAUUUUUUUUUUUUUUGGAAUUUUACUCAUCAAAAAGAAUUUUGGAAAAUCUCGGGAAUUUUAGGGGGGAAAUCGACAAAUUCGAGAAUUUUAGAGCAAUUUGAGCAUUCACCUGACAUUUUGGCAAUAUUCCACGGCUCAAUGUUGACAAAACUUUUUUUUUUUUGUAUUCCUACCGACCAAGAGAGGGCUCAGUCCGCUCAAAUGCUACAGCAGUGUCUAAAGCACGGUCUACUGAGCACAACAAAUCAGCGGCGUUUCAUCAGAGUCGUCUAUACUACAACUUAUCAGCGGUUAUUCACCAAAAGGGGCCCUCGCUAUCAAAAAAAAGCCGAAAUUUUUUGAGAAUUUUUUGGUGAAUUUCAUUGGAUUUUUUUAUCUCAAGGAUUUGCGAUUUUGUAGACGAUAAAGACUGGGUAUUUUGGAAUUCAAUUAGGUCAAAAACCCGGCCCGGUCUUAAAAGAGCAAUUGCAAAUUCAAAAUAGCGGACAACAACCUUCUGUUUUUACUGUUUGCUGGAGCUUUUUCCAGUCUUGUUCCUUGCAUUGAAAUCAAAAUUUCGACUUUUACCGGAACAAGAAGACAUUUUAGGAGUACGCUAAAUCUUAAUACAUCGAAAGUGGUCUAUUAGCUAUUGCUGGUGUCUUUGUGACGUCAUCAAUUCGAAUCAAACUGUCAAUCUUCGUUUCGGCUUUCAGAUUGUGGAUCGCGAGUGUAAAAAGAAGCGAGCGCUCUCCCGGUUCUUCCAUUGUUCUUUUUUUCUUCUCUCUGUAUAUUUUUCUCCUGCGUUCCACUAUCUGAAAGCCUGAAACUGGCUAAUUUUGAUCAGAUACAAGUCGCUUUCAAACAUUGAUGUUACUUAAACGGGGAAUGGGGGAGAAAGAACGAGCAUGGGGAGGGGGGAAAUGAAAAAAUGGGAACAAAGCAGAGAACUGGAAAUGAAGUUACUGACAGGGCUAAGGUUAGAAACAAUUACAACAAUAUUUCCGUUUGACUUGGAACAUUCAUGCAUAGUGAUACAUACCGGCUAAGUACACGAAACGUUUUACAAAACUCGACGUUUGCUGCAAGGUAUCUCGGAGCAAAAGCUUAAGCCCCCCAAUUCCUCGGCUCCGUUGUAUUUGUACUGAAAGCAGCGUCAAACGUCAAUAUGUAUUAAAGACGUAUCACAUGCAAGGUCCCCAAAAAUCGUAUUCCCCGCCUUUCGUCUUUCAAGACUCCAUUUGUCAAAUCCGGAACGCCUGUUAAGGAAAUAUCUUCAAUGGUGGGAUUAUUUUAAUUGACUACAUAUAAUACUAGGUCACUAGGAUAUACUGUUGCCACAACAUGGGCUACUUAAUUAUCAACUCACUACAGGACCAUUCCGCUUCGUAAAGCAAACUUUGCAAUUGCAUCAUCUUCGGGUAGAGGCCUUCAAAUAAAUUGACAACUUCGUCCAGAUCGAUAGGCAUAUCGUCCUUGAUAUGUAUGAUAGCCAGUGAGGAGGGCCUACUCUCGCCCAGGGUAAUUUAAACUGAGCUAAAACACUUAAAGUUUGUUUUCCAUUCCUCCACUAUUUGCUAAAAACUGAAAAUUAACAAGUUGUGUUUUUAGUCCUCCAUCAUUGACCCGAAAGGGGGUUCGUUUGAACCCCUCGAACCCCUCCUCCUACGCGCCUGGAAAUAUAUGGAAAAGAAUCAUCGUACAACGAAACUCUCACUUUUUUCUUUGCAGUCUGUUUGGGUGGGGUCACAUUUUUCGAAAGGUUGACUGAUCCUAAGGAUACACAAAAACUAUAUCGGGCUACUGAUUAAACUAGACGUCAAUACAGUAUAGAGGACUAGAUCUUGACGCCAAAUUCCACCAAAUUAAUUGAACAAACUUGGCAUGGACUUAAUUAAUUUCACACUGUUUAUAUGUGUUUCUAUCCUUAUUUUUCUUAUACAUUGCACAAAUAUUUAUGAUCAUAAAGAGAUAUGAUAAAAAACCAAUCGGAUAACGGAUUACCGAACUCAGUAUUUUGAGGAAAGCAACAAAUAAUUUUAUUUUGUUUUCCGUUGACGUGAUCCAAUAACAUUACACAACGAUAUUUCUUCUUCUAUUCUGUUUUUAUGUUUUUUUCUCUUUGAUAAUGCAUCAUUAUCAUGAGACUGAAAUCAACCCCAAAAUUGAUGAAAUUGCUGAUAAUUAAAUUAACAGGUUUUUUAGCAAGGUGAUGAAGCAGCUGUUUUGGUAGUUGAACAGACAAGCAACCAACUGUGAACCUUAUUAAACGAACUGCUUCCUCGCUGGCUUUCUAACAAUCGUAACUUUGGGGCGACAUACCAAGAUAUGUCAACUAUUUAAAUCAAACAGUAAUUGCCUACGCAGUCAGACUUUGCCUUGAAUGUUUCUGGGACAGUCGAGAAGUCUAUCCAUUAGUGUCUUAUCAGUAAGCUCGGGCGGCUUUAUGCGAAAUUCAGGUAAAGUAAUCGAUUACAAACAGUUACUGAAGUGACAGCAGUCUUUGCUCUGAGUUAGCGUAGGUUCUGAGAGAUGAGAUCACUAUUGCGGGCAAGGUUUUAAUUUUUUAUUUGUCAAUUUGCUAACGCAUCUUCACGAAGCUACGUAACAGAAAAGAAUAACAUUUCAACCAAAAACCAUAACUGCACAUGUACAUGUAGUCAACAAGUUUGUUCCUUUUGCUGAUAGUGGCGAAUAAUUCGUCCGUGUUUUCUUUUUUUACUUUUAUUUUUCUUAGCAGAUCGCAAAACGGGUGUUGCAUAAACCUUACAUUUCAUGCCUUGCAUCUUAUAGACUGAUAUCAGUAGGCUUCUUUUUAGAUAGGAAGAAAAUUGACUGAAACGUGGCUCAUUCGAAAUUUUUCUCUGGCUUGGAAAAAAAAAUUAACAGCCAAAGUGAUGUUCUUUUUUAUCCGAAACCUUGGACAUUUGAUGUCCAAUCUUUCUUUAACAUUUAUUGAAUCCUCUCAUAAGUUGAUUGGUUAUCUCCUCUUAACUGCAGACGAUGUUAAAACCCAUAGGCGAUUCUUACGGAUAGAUUUAGCUUUUAGGUUAUAAAAUCGAUAAAAAUGUGGUUUCAGCCAUCAGGAGGAAAAAUAGUUUUCUAAAAACGUAGUUGUAUAGAUAUCUAGUUCUGAAAGAGUCAAACAGAUUCCUUUACCCCUAUGAGUCUCAGAAAUAUCAUUUUCAGUACAAAUACAAUUUUGAAAAAUUGAUAUGAGAAACAAGAAAACACCCCGUAGAUAACCAUGAUAACGACUGAAUUAUUUAACGUAUUUAUUUAUAGCUGCUAUUUAAUUUGUUCUGAUUGUUUGAUUUUCAGGUAUGGUAAGGAAAGUGGCUGUGAGGCCCAUCGAUGAUGGCUCCAAUUCCGCGCUCGAAAAAAUGAAAUCAGAGAAUCGCGACUCUCACGAAUGGACAGAAUUUGCUUCCAGUACAACUCUCCACGGACUUAGACACGUCGUCCAUAGAAACCAUUCUCCUUUGAAGCGAGCUAUUUGGCUUCUGUUUCUUUUCGCAGCUGCAAGCUUGUUCAUGUUUCUUUCCAUCAUCAGCUUAAGAAAAUUUUUUUCUUUGCCGAUCAAGACAGUAUUUGCACUGGAAACACCGACUAAUGGCUUGACCUUCCCUGCCGUAACCAUUUGUAAUUUGAACAUGUUUAUGCGAUCUAAGAUCGAUGUGGCUGAUGAUGAUGAGAAGUUUUAUCCGAUGGGAUUAAACAUUAGUGGAUGCAGUGAAACUCGUAGUGUUCGCGGAAACCUCACAUGUGGCCAGGCUCUUUUGUGUGCCUAUGGGUGGUAUGGACCGGCUUUGGUAAAAGGCUGCAAUGGGUCAACUCAACAGAAAAUAAUAAAUGUUCUGAAUCGGUCAUCAGAACGUUUGUACAAUGAAGAGGAAUUUCUUACCAGAUAUGGCCAUGAAAUGCGUAGCAUGUUGAUCCUAUACUGCCGUUUCAAAUCAAAAAUCAGAUGUUCUGAUAAGGACUUUGUUCCGCACCUGACUAAAGAAGGGCUCUGCUUCACUUUCAACUCGGGUUUAAAUGACGUUCCAAUGCAUCAUACAACUUAUGAAGGUGCUGAUUCUGGUCUUAGCAUUAUACUCGAUGUUCAAACCAACGAGAGCACAUUGAACGAAUUCUCUACUGGUUUGAAAGUGAUUGUGCACGAACAAAAUACAUUUAUCAAUCGCUAUGACGGCUUCAAUGUCUUACCUGGCACCCAUGCGUCUGCCUUGAUCAAGCUUACAAAGGUGAGUUACUGAUCAUGACCCGAGAGUACUCGUUGGAAUUCUUGAUGGGGCUGUACCUCCCGGUUCUCUAAAUCCUCGCCCUAUUUCAGACCAAAAAAUGUAAUUUUUUACACCCGUUUUCAGACCAGGCCUUUAAAAUCUAUAGGCAGAAAUUAUGUCAUCAUUACUUAGUUUAGACAUAUUACUCUUUCUUAUUUAUUUGGAAUGGAAACGACAAAUACGUUCGCAAACUCCCGUAGCGCCCUCGAAAACCGUACCUGAUUCCAGACCACAGUAGGCAACAUCUAUACCCUUUUUCAGACCGAAACGGCCGAAACGGAAAAAAAAUUCUCUUCAGUAUUAUUUUUGCGUGGUAAUAUUCGUUGUUCAGCAUUUCGCAAAAUUAAAUUUAAACUGAUUUUGUCGAAUUUUAAAUCAGUCGGGCUUUUCUGGUAUAAUGUUUGAAACCUGUUCAGUUCUGUGCGACAUACUGAACAAUUCUGUGAGGUGGAUCUUUAUAUAUCAUUAACUCUCAUAAAGGAAAGACGACCACCAAUCAAAACGAGCGAAGUAGCUGAUCUAUUACUGUACCUUUUUCUUAGAUCAAGAGACUUCCUUCACCCUACAAAACGAACUGCAGACAAAUGAAACUUGCGGCAGUUGAAAGAUACACAAAGGACGGCUGUGCAUUCGAGUGUUCCUCAAACUACACUAUCAAACAAUGUGGAUGCCGUGGUCCUGGAUUUCUAGGUUUAGAAUAGUUUUAAUUUCUUUAAUUUCUUUUUUCUAAGCCAUUUUACUUCCGUUUGUAAGUAUGACUCAGUAAUUUGAAUGAAACACAGUAUUGCCGGCAUUAUGAACUACGGUGAUACAAAUAGUCUUACGUACUCAGUAAGUCGACACCAUUGCUCUUGGUGUUCUUCUAGAUGACAAUGUAACCUGGAAAUCUAGCUCAUAUAUGUUUAAUAGCCACUAAAAUGUCUAAAUCUAUGGCCAUUAUUCAUAAAUCUAGGUUUUUUCUCUCUGCUCGCUCUCUUUGUACCUUGUAUAAUUCAACGAUCCUUCCGUAUAUAUAUUAUUGCAAUCUAGUUUGGGGAUGUGACCUACAAAUCUAAUCUUAAAAGGACAGAGUUACUUUAAUUUAUAAGAAGUGCGCACUAAGAAUAUGUUAGUAAGCAAAUCUACUAGGUACGAUGCCCAUACUGACCCGAUCUUCUGGAGCAAAAGCUCUUUUCAAGAAAUGUCAAGAUUUCUACUUGUUUCAAAAAGGCCUUUUUAUGUUUUCUUUUAAGAAUUAUCAUUCGGGCCCUUAAAAUUCAAUAACUUUUUUUUUCAGUGAGCAACUAAAUGCAUAAUUAAAGUACAAGGUUAGGUCCAACUCCCUAAAUGCUCCAAUCAAAUCUUGCACAAAUUUUGGGUUUUUUUUCCCAACAAACCGACAGGGCUGAAAAACGUACUACGCAUGUCCGUGACAUCACUUGUUUACUUGUCUAGCCCUUGCGCUAAGUACUCGUGCAAAGUGAAAUUCUUGCAUCUGAGACCAUUUUAUCUUCAACCAUAAGUGUUAAACUCAUAUUUGUGAAUGCCAACGAAGGAGAAAUUCUACGAAUACGUUAGAAAUGCAAUUCAUGGAAAGAUAUGUUACGUAAUCUAGGGAUCAAGGAAAAUGUUUUUAACCGUCCCUGCGAGGUUUUUCAUUGUCUUGAUACAGAUCGUCAGUAAGUUUGCAGAAAGAUGACUGAGAAAUUAAAAAAGAGCAAUGUGCUGGAGUUUGGGCGACUUUUCUUCGAUGGUACGUAAACGAUUUAUUUAAACAUUACUUUAUUCUGGAGCAAAUCUUUGUAAUGUAGCCGAGUGAAAACAGUUGUUGACCGUUUCUUGGUGGCAAGAAAGCCGGCUUUGAGCCCGAUGAUACCAUCUGACACAAGAAGUCAUGAAAGUCGUAAACUUAGUUACGAGUUUUAGUGCGAUCAAAGAAGCUUUCUCUUACAUAUAGCUCUAGCCGGCUUAGAGGCGCUGGUCGGGCUGUAGAAUCAGUAUUUAUUCGGUUAAGUUUGUCAAAAGUAAAUUUGCACCUUUAAGCUUAUUAAUGAAUAAACUUUUAAAGUUUAAAGCUGGUGAAGAUUUGAGAAACAAUCACAAGUUGGUUCUACUCUGUGUGAGUUUUUCGUAUUAACUAUAAGUUUUUCACUUAUAACAGGUUUGAAUGAAGCAGAAGAAUCAAGGAAUGAAGAUCUAGGCUUCAAGAAAAAUAAAUGACAGUUUCUAAAGAGUCAGAUUGUGCUUCUCCCUGCAAUGAAGCUUUGAGAGAAUUUCAAGUCAUUGAUAUUUUUUACCAGCAGGCAGACUGGAUUACUUACCCAUUUACCCCUGUUUCAACAUUAAUUUUGCCUGUUGUCAUAUACAAAAAUUUAUAAUAGCUCUUUUGAGCUGAGCUAAGAAUAAGUCAUAAAGGGAAACAAGUUUGGAAGAAAGAAUUGAGUUCGAAACUGUGUUCUUACAGUUCUUAUAGUGAAAGCAAGUGAGAUAUAACAAGAGAAAUAACUAAGAGACGAUCACUCAAGGAAAAACAAAGAUAAGUAAAAUGUACCUUUAAUACUGACACUGAUAUGAUGACCGAACGAUUUCUUAGAACUGAUAACAUAUUGAUAGUCUGUACUUUCAUUUCUGUUUAGGCUUGAAAAUGUACACAUUCGGAUGAAAGAACCGUUUUCGGCUUCGUCCGUGCAUCUUCUUUUGUUCAUAGCAAAAAACGGAAGAAAAAUUACGAAGGUGGAAUUCAAUAAAGUAUGAAAUAAUCUACCUUUAGUUUAAAUGGGAACCUUGAAUAUUCGGAAAUUAAACCACCUUAAAAAUCGGGAAAAUGUGAGGAUGUUCUGAAAAUCCUUUUGCAACUGCGAUACUAUUUAAAGCAGGGACGCUUUUUUUUCGUGCGUCUUCUUUUGUUCAUAGAAAAAGUAGAAGAAAAAUUACAAAGGUAGAAACUAGAAUUAAAUAAAGUAUGAAAUAAGCUACCUUUAGUUUAGAUGGGAACCUUAAAUAUUCAGAAUCCGCCUUAAAAAUCGCCAAAAUGUGAGGAUGUUUUGAAAAUCCUUUUUGCAAACGAUACUCGUUUAGAUCACAGACCUCUCUACACAUGCGCAGACGUUGUUCAGCUCUGUCCAACAAACCUUCAGUAUUUUAAAGUACCUGUGUUUUUCAGACCCCCCCUAUUAUUAUUUUAUUAUUAUUAUUAUUAUUAUUAUUAUUAUUAUUAUUAUUAUUAUUAUUAUUAUUAUUAUUAUUAUCUUUUAUCGCAGUCUUUGCGGGUGUCCUUUUUGUGCAUCAGCCGGGCGCAAACCAUGCACCUAGAGCGUCAGUCACUCAAGUCAAUCAUUCUGUUCACACACUAAGCACCUUUCUGAGGAUUCGAUCCCAGCAUGCAGAUCUUUUGAAUCUCCGUCAUAGUAGCUCUCUCUGAUACUUUCUUGAUGUUUUCUCUAAUUUAUCUGAUUGAAUUUUUUUUUAAAGGUCCACAGACGGUACCGCUGUGUUCGAUUCGGGACUCUGAUUGUGUUAGGCGAUCUACGGGUAAAAACUACAGUUCAUUCUAUGUCACUUGGUUACUAAUAAAUCCUUCAGUCGUUUGAAUUGUUGUGGAAAACUACGAGACUUUCAUGUAUAAAAUCUAAAACUGAGAUUGACGUAAACAAACGAACACACAUUAUAUAAACUAAGACGAAAUAAAAAAUAGCCCUCAUAAUAAAAAUCCGGCCAACGACCUGCAAUGAACUGUUUACUUCUGAAAAAAGCAUCUUUUUUCUAGGUAUGCAAUUGGUGUUCAUAUAGUCACUGACCGUUCUCCUGCGACUUAAAAAUCCAUCCCCAUCCGACUCAAAUUCUCCGUUACGGAAUGUUACCAUCGAAAACUGAAAACUGUUAAUUGAUGAUUGAUGUCACUCUGUGAAAAGCAAAAUUGCGCAAAAGUCUAUAAGCGGUCGAAAAUAAUGUGGCACUUUUUCUCAUCUAGCCUCGCUCGUCUAAAAAUUUGGACAAUGCCAAACUUAUCGGCCAAUCAUUUUAAGCUUCUCGCAAAUUUCAUUAGGACAGAGUGACGUCACAGAAGUCGUUCCUUAAUGCGAAAGCUUGUUUAAAUUUCACUAUCUUCAAGUUUAAGUUUCAUUUGAAUGGAAUUUUACUCAAAGGAGAAGGAAAAAGUAAGCAUACAAAACAAAUUGACAUCUGUCUCUUUUGAAUAAAGAAAGUGGCUAGUGUCCUUUCUACAAUGACCUUGUCUUUUGAGAUCUUGAUAUUGGCUCUCAGCAAGGGAGGAUAAAGGGGACAGAGAAGGCAUCCCCCAUACACACCCUAUUCCAUAGGGAAUUCGUCUCGAGUUAUUUUUAAGACCACAGAUCCCGAGGGGGAUUAGACGACAGCCAAUCACAUAGCGCGAAUGUGUUCCGCGUGGAUGACACACGCUCAGAGCCACGCGUCCUUCACGAAUUGACGCUGAAAAAAAUGGCGGAAGACGCGGAGAACGAUAUUGCUAUUGGUUUUGUCGACGAAAACGACUAAAGCGAGAUUUCUUCUGCUAAGGCUGUGUCAGCGAAACGGAAAUUAAAAAAGAAUCGCUCUUCCUGUCUUGUACAGAACUAACAGUACAGCCGGGAAAUCCUUGACACACUGAAUAUUCUCUCAGGAUCAUUUAUAAUUUACAUUUUGAAGAGAGCAACUUCUGGUUUGACAUUUAUUCUUUUAUUAGUCUUUUGUUAUUCAACAAAAAUAACACUUGGCGUCCUACUUGCUUUAUUGUACAAACGACCGGUUUCAACAGACCGGCGAAAUUUCUCAUUUUAUUAAAGCAAAGAGGUUACGACAACUUCCAGUUAAAGUGAUUUCACGGGUUGUCAAAACGUCCAGCGAUUCCCUUUUCCCCGGUGAGCGCAGAUUCCUUUCGCUUCAAUAUUCAGAAAUGCUCUCAAUCUCUUUACGCUUUCAUUGCCUUUCGCCCGACAUGUUUUGCACGGCGUUUAGUCAUGCGAAACAUCAACGAAACAUUCACGCAGCGUGCGAGGUAAAUUUAUCCCGAUUCUAAAAAUAACUCGAGAGAAUUACCUAUGGAAUAGGGUGUGUAAAGGGAAUGCCUUCUCUGCCCUUUUUUUCUUCUCUUGCUCUCAGUUAAAACCGUUACCACAGAGCAGUAAUCCUUUUUUUGGGCAUACGGUUUUUGUCUUUAUAUGAGAUAACGGAGCCAGUGUAACAAAGGAUUCUACUAGCGACCACAUUUGCUUCUACGAUCAUGGUUGAUGGAGCAAUUUUCUAACACCAAGUGUAAUCAAGAGAUGACGAGUGAAAUUAGGGGAUCAUUUCUUGACUAUACCUAUUAAUAUCAUGGGUGACAAAUUACGCUCGUAAUCGUUAUUAUUACUUCUGAGGGGGGAGGGGGGGAACGAUAUAAGUUAGGCAACACACUGAAAAUUUUACAGUAUCAAUUUGGGCUUAAUAAGUUCACAAUUAUCUUAAAUUUUCGACGAAAAACCUGUUAGAUCUCUUUCCUGUCUUUAAGUUUUCUAAAUCGUCUUUUAAUGCCCUAGCAUCUUCAUUCACAACAUUUUAAAACCGUAACGCCAUCUUGGCGCUGAGACAAACUUUCAGAUGUCAAAUCAUAAAGUAACCGUGAAAUUUCUUGAUAUUAGGAAGAGUGUACUAUACAUUAUAAUACUACUACUACUACUACUACUACUACUACUAAUAAUAAUAAUAAUAAUAAUAAUAAUAAUAAUCUUUAUACAGGAAGCUCACUUCACAAAGAGUGGUAUUCAGUGAGGCCCUGUAAAACAAUAGAAAAAAUAGAUGAUCUUAGAUAAAUGAAUGCGUAAUAGUAAUAAUAAGUAAAAAGUUAAGAACUAAAAACCUAUUAAAUUAUGCAAGCUACAGGUUAAAAAUGUUAAAAUGUCAGAUAGAUUAAAAUAUUAAAAGCUAUAAAAUAUCUAAAAUAUAUAGCUUAUAUUUUUAGUUAUCAAUUGUAGAAAGUUUGGGAUCUAUUACACCUCUUGUUUAUUUUCAGAUCAGUUUAAUAUAACGUCAUGUUCCAGCUGCAGCAACGCAUGCUCCGAACUGGAAUACGAACCACGUGUUUCCUAUUCCAAAUUCCCGGAUGUUUCAAUAGCUACCAUUUUCCAUCAUUACUUUCAUAAAACAGAGAGUCUCAAAUAUAUGCAGUAAGUUGUUAUUAAAAGCACCUUUAUAAGAAGGCAUGGAUCAAUUUAGGUUACUGGGAAACUUCCCACCUACCCCUCCCCUAAGCCAUCCUUUUGCCCAAAGUAAGGAGUAAGUGUUAAUAUUAGCUUAAGCGAGGGGUAGGUGGGCAGUUUACCAGAAAGCUAAAUUGAUUUAGGGAGUAUUGUGUUUAUGAUUUUAACAUUUUACCAAUUAUGUAUUACGAUUAGAGGAAGGGUGAAAGAAGUAGCAAAAUUUUAACCUCAAAUGGCAUAAAGAAAAUUUAGCGUUAAAAUUCUCAAAGCCACUGCAGUAUUUGUAAGUCAGACUUGUAGUUAUGACUUUCUGCUUUUCACUCUUCCGAGAUUGUCCUCACAGUCCAGACACUUUCAAAAUCAAAUGCAAAUUAUAGCAAUUAGUAUAAAUUGUAAUCACUAUCUGUCUUUCAUUGGCUAAGAGCCUACAGUUAAUUUUAGAAAUCAGCGCAAUCUACAGUUUAGUUAGUUAUCUGUUAGCAGCUUACUGAAAAAUCUGUAGGUUGUUCGCAAAGUGCAUGAUUUCCAAGAGCAAUGUCAAACCGUUUUCCAUGCGAUGCUCUGUUUAUCCUUAUUUUGUUUAAAACAGUGAGUAAUAAAACAAUUACGUAGUAGAUUCGGUUUUUGUGAUAUCCGGAAUAAUCAAGGUCUCAGUAAGUGUCUGAUCAGCACUUUCUAACCGUGAUUAUUCCAGAUAUCACAAAAACGUCAUCCACUAUCAGCCCAUUAUCAACCCACUGAUUAUGAGACCAUAAGAUCAUAGCAACGGACAGUUCCAAAUAUAGUCAUAAUACCCACUUACUCAUCUUUUUUUCCACAUUCUAAGGGAAAACUAUGUGUUUCUUCAAGUGGGUUUUCAACGACUGUCCUACGAAAUGAGGGAAGAUGUUCCAAGCUAUGAAUCCGAGAGCCUCUUUGGUGAGUAAAGUAUCGAGAAAGAAUUAUUUCGCGAUUUUGAGUUUUUUAAGGUUGUUGUUAUCGUUAAUUUCGAAAUGAGCAGUGUCUUUACUCUUUGCAAAUGUACUUGUUAAUUGGAAGCUCUCCAAAAUCUCCUUGGAUGAAAAUAGUUAAUGAAAAAUAGUUAAUCACAGUUUUAGUACAAAAACUCUCUCUUAUCCAGAACAGGUUCAUUGCGAUAGUUGAACCACAACGACUGUCUGAAUGCACUAGGCUUCGUAGCAGUCGCCGGUUAUUUGAGGACGGAGCAGAGGGAGAAAUUUCGCUCGCGAACGGAGGCAAAAGAGGAGGCGUGGUUCCCUGGCGUUCUAACCGAAAAAAGGAACCGACACCUGCCAUGCAGGGCCUCGCAUGCCUAGUCAGAUCAGUACCAGACACUCAAAGACGAGAAUUACUCUUACCACUCGGCGUAGACUGUGACUGUACUAACACCAUUGUAACAACUUGUUGCGCUUCUGAUUGACUAGGAUUUAUUUCCGUGCUUACUGACGACCUAGCUUUUUAGCAAGUAUCUCCGAUCCUCGUAUGCAUGCAUAUAACCCGCUUACUCAGAGUUUCGAAAUGUUGAUACACAGUCCUGAGAAGCUUAUUAUAUCUCCAUUUCAUCACAACACUAAAAAUUAAAAUUACUAACUUCCGGCAGUGGAUCCAUUUCACGUGCUAGCCUGUUCCUGGCAUAUUCAGAUAGUGGGGUCGGCGCAAAAAAUAGAGAGCAGAAAAACACAGCGGGGGGGCAGGGGCUGGUGAACGCCUGGAACGUAACAGGCUAUUAACGCGUGUGCGAACAGACGUCGUUUCUAUCUUGUUCAUUCUUGUAAAUUAAUAAAACGCGUAACAAAGGAAAAGAAGCUUUAACAACAAAUGAUCGCGUCUGUUUCUACAAUUUCAGGUGAACUUGGUGGUAAUAUGGGCUUACUUCUUGGCUGCAGUGUACUGACUAUCUGCGAGUUCUUCGACUUUUUGUGGGAAUCAAUUAAGUCCCGAAUAAGGCGCCCUAAUCAACAGAAUAGUGUUUCUUCGAGCGAUUUUUGACUCAAGUUGUCAGUAAUAUUGUUCGACCUGUAGAUCUAUAGAAAUUAGAAAUAUGGACAACACAUAAUCACAAGAACAUCAUAUUUUAUCCCAACGAUUGUUAAAUCAUCACGCCCUGACUAGUUUUCAACAAGCCACAGGUAGCAAAAUAAACUUUUAAGAUUAUCAGUAAGAUUAAGAUUAUCUGUUUUUGUUGCUGUUGUUGUACAUUAUCUUUGUUGCCAGUUAAUAAAAAAUACCAGACGCAUGUUUACUGAACCGGCCUGAGUCCCAGGAGCUCUCCCUUAUUUGGCCUGAACGGGUAUUCGCCGCCGAACAGAGUGUGGUUUUCGGGCAUACAAUUUUACUAUUAAUUUACCUCUGGAACGGUUUUUUUUUUCUUGACGGAAGCAUUGAACAGGGUGUCAACGUUCGCUUUGCGUGGUCUACAAUAAUAAUAAUAAUGGUCUAAUAAUAAUCGAUUGAUUAAUUUCUAUUGUGCAAUUAUUACUUAAUUAAUUUAAGAAAAAUACUUAAUUCUGAGUGCGAAAUAAAACGAUUUAGGGUCAUAAAAAAGGUCUCUUGACUAAUACAGGGUAGCGAAGGGUUUGAAGGCGUUUGUGGCAUAUCCCAACCCCGAAAAACUCUAGUGAGCAAAUGCGACGGCUAAACACGUAUUCUGCAAAUGAAUCCAUCCUCAAGAGGCCCCGUCUACACGAUGGAUUCCGGAUAUUCAGGAAACCGCGAAAUUUUUUUAAAAACGAAUCGGUCCCCUGUCCACACGAAGCAUAUAAUCCGCCCACCUUAGGCUUAGGCACAUAAUUCCGGAAAGAAUUUUUUUUUUUUUUUUUGGAAUUUUACUCAUCAAAAAGAAUUUUGGAAAAUCUCGGGAAUUUUAGGGGGAAAAUCGACAAAUUCGAGAAUUUUAGAGCAAUUUGAGCAUUCACCUGACAUUUUGGCAAUAUUUCACGGCUAAAUGUUGACAAAAACUUUUUUUUUUUGUAUUCCUACCGACCAAGAGAGGGCUCAGUCCGCUCAAAUGCUACAGCAGUGUCUAAAGCACGGUCUACUGAGCACAACAAAUCAGCGGCUUUUCAUCAGAGUCGUCUAUACUACAACUUAUCAGCGGUUAUUCACCAAAAGGGGCCCUCGCUAUCAAAAAAAAGCCGAAAUUUUUUAAGAAUUUUUUGGUGAAUUUCAGUGGAUUUUUUUAUCUGAAGGAUUUGCGAUUUUGUAGACGAUAAAGACUGGGUAUUGGAAUUCAAUUAGGUCAAAAACCCGGCCCGGUCUUAAAAGAGCAAUUGCAAAUUCAAAAUAGCCGACAACAACCUUCUGUUUUUACUGUUUGCUGGAGCUUUUUUCCAGACUUGUUGCUUGUAUUGAAAUCAAAAUUUCGACUUUUACCGGAACAAGAAGACAUUUUAGGAGUAAGCUAAAUCUUAAUACAUCGAAAGUGGUCUAUUAGCUAUUGCUGGUGUCUUUAUGACGUCAUCAAUUCGAAACAAACUGUCAAUCUUCGUUUCGGCUUUCAGACUGUGGAUCGCGAGUGUAAAAAGAAGCGAGCGCUCUCCCGGUUCUUCCAUUGUUCUUUUUUUUCUUCUCUCUGUAUAUUUUUCUCCUGCCUUCCACUAGGCUAAUUUUGAUCAGAUACAAGUCGCUUUCAAACAUUGAUGUUACUUAAACGGGGAAUGGGGGAGAAAGAACGAGCAUGGGGAGGGGGGAAAUGAAAAAUGGGAACAAAAUAGAGAACUGGAAAUGAAGUUACUGACAGGGCUAAGGUUAGUAACGAUUACAAAAAUAUUUCCGUUUGACUUGGAACAUUCAUGCAUAGUGAUACAUACCGGCUAAGUACACGAAACGUUUUACAAAACUCGACGUUUGCUGCAAGGUAUCUCGGAGCAAAAGCUUAAGCCCCCCAAUUCCUCGGCUCCGUUGUAUUUGUACUGAAAGCAGCGUCAAACGUCAAUAUGUAUUAAACACGUAUCACCUGCAAGGUCCCCAAAAAUCGUAUUCCCCGCCUUUCGUCUUUCAAGACUCCAUUUGUCAAAUCCGGAACGCCUGUUAAUUAGGAAAUAUCUUCAAUGGUGGGAUUAUUUUAAUUGACUACAUAUAAUACUAGGUCACUAGGAUAUACUGUUGCCACAACAUGGGCUACUUAAUUAUCAACUCACUAUAGGACCAUUCCGCUUCGUAAAGCAAACUUUGCAAUUGCAUCAUCUUCGGGUAGGGGCCUUCAAAUAAAUUGACAACUUCGUCCAGAUCGAUAGGCAUAUCGUCCUUGAUAUGUAUGAUAGCCAGUGAGGAGGGCCUACUCUCGCCCAGGGUAAUUUAAACUGAGCUAAAACACUUAAAGUUUGUUUUCCAUUCCUCCGUUAUUUGCUAAAAACUGAAAAUUAACAAGUUGUGUUUUCAGUCCUCCAUCACUGACCCGAAAGGGGGUUCGUUUGAACCCCUCGAACCCCUCCUCCUACGCGCCUGGAAAUAUAUGGAAAAGAAUCAUCGUACAACGAAACUCUCACUUUUUUCUUUGCAGUCUGUUUGGGCAUAGUUAUCCCAAGGAUACACGAAAACUAUAUCGGGCUACUGAUAAAACUAGACGUCAAAACAGUAUAGAGGACUAGAUCUUGACGCCAAAUUCUACCAAAUUAAUUGAACAAACUUGGCAUGGACUUAAUUAAUUUCACACUGUUUAUAUGUGUUUCUAUCCUUAUUUUUCAUAUACAUUGCACAAAUAUUUAUAAUCAUAAAGAGAUAUGAUAAAAAACCAAUCGGAUAACGGAUUACCGAACUCAGUAUUUUGAGGAAAGCAACGCAUAAUUUUAUUUUAUUUUUCGUUGACGUGAUCCAAUAACAUUACACAACGAUAUUUCUUCUUAUAUUCUGUAUUUAUGUUUUUUCUCUUUGGUAAUGCAUCAUUAUCAUGAGACUGAAAUCAACCCAAAAAUUGAUGAAAUUGCUCAUAAUUAAAUAAACAGGUUUUUUUGGCAAGAUGAUGAAGCAGCUGUUUUGGUAGUUGAACAGACAAGCAACCAACUGUGAACCUUAACGAACUGCUUCCUCGCUUGUUUUCUAACAAUAGUAACUUUCGGGCGACAUACCAAGGUAUGUAAACUAUUUAAAUCAAACAGUAAUUGCCUACGCAGUCAGACUUUGCCUUGAAUGUUUCUGGGACAGUCGAGAAGUCUAUCCAUUAGUGUCUUAUCGGCAAGUUCGAGCGGCUUUAUGCGAAAUUCAGGUAAAGUAAUCGAUUACAAACAGUUACUGAAUCGGACUGUUGCAGACAUUUCAAAAGUGACAGCAGUCUUUGUUCUGAGUUAACGUAGGUUCUGAGAGAUGCCAUCACUGUUGCGGGCGACGUUUUAAUUUUUCAUUUGUUAAUUUGCUAACGCAUCUUCACGAAGCUACUUAACAGAAAAGAUUAACAUUUCAACCAAAAACCAUAACUGCACAUGUACAUGUAGUCAACAAGUUUGUUCCUUUUGCUGAUAGUGGCGAAUAAUUCGUCCGCGUUUUCUUUUUUACUUUUAUUUUUCUUAGCAGAUCGCAAAACGGGUGUUGCAUAAACCUUACAUUUCAUGUUUUGCAUCUUAUAGACUGAUAUCGGUAGGCUUCUUUUUAGAUAGGAAGAAAAUUGACUGAAACGUGGCUCAUUCGAAAUUUUUCUCUGGCUUGGAAAAAAAAUUAACAGCCAAAGUGACGUUCUUUUUUUUAUCCGAAACCUUGGCCAAUUGAUGUCCAAUCUUUCUUUAACAUUUAUUGAAUCCUUUCUUAAGUCGAUUGGUUAUCUCUUCUUAACUGCAGACGAUGUUAAAACCCAUAGGCGAUUCUUACGGAUAGAUUUAAGUUUUUGGUUAUAAAUAGAUAAAAAUGUGGUUUCAGCCUUCAGGAGUAAAAAUAGUUCACUAAAAAGGUAGUUGUAUAGAUAUCUAGUUCUGAAAGAGUCAAACAGAUUCCGUUUACCCCUAUGAGUCUCAGAAAUAUCAUUUUCAGUACAAAUACAAUUUUGAAAAAUUGAUAUGAGAAACAAGAAAAAACCCCGUAGAUAACCAUGAUAACGACUGAAUUAUUUAACGUAUUUAUUUAUAGCUGCUAUUUAAUUUGUUCUGAUUGUUUGAUUUUCAGGUAUGGUAAGGAAAGUGGUUGUGAGGCCCAUCGAUGAUGGCUCCAAUUCCGCGAACGAAAAAAUGAAAUCAGAGAAUCGCGACUCCCACGAAUGGACAGAAUUUGCUUCCAAUACAACUCUCCACGGACUUAGACACGUCGUCCAUAGAAACCAUUCUCCUUUGAAGCGAGCUAUUUGGCUUCUGUUUCUUUUCGCCGCUGCAAGCUUGUUCAUGUUUCUUUCCGUCAUUAGCUUAACAAAAUUUUUUUCUUUGCCGAUCAAGACAGUAUUUUCACUGGAAACACCGACUAAUGGCUUGACCUUCCCUGCCGUAACCAUUUGUAAUUUGAACAGGUUUAUGCGAUCUAAGAUCGAUGUGGCUGAUGAUGAUGAGAAGUUUUAUCAGAUGGGAUUAAACAUUAGUGGAUGCAGUGAAACUCGUAGUGUUCGCGGAAACCUCACCUGUGGCCAGGCUCUUUUGUGUGCCUAUGGGUGGUUUGGACCGGCUUUGGUAAAAGGCUGCAAUGGGUCAACUCAACAGAAAAUAAUAAAUGUUCUGAAUCGGUCAUCAGAACGUUUGUACAAUGAAGAGGAAUUUCUUACCAGAUAUGGCCAUGAAAUGCGUAGCAUGUUGGUCCUCUAUUGCCGUUUCAAAUCAAAAAUCAGAUGUUCUCAUAAGGACUUUGUUCCGCACCUGACUAAAGAAGGGCUCUGCUUUACUUUUAACUCGGGUUUAAAUGACAUUCCAUUACAUCAUACAACUUAUGAAGGUGCUGAUUCUGGUCUUAGCAUUAUACUCGAUGUUCAAACCAACGAGAGCACAUUGAACGAAUUCUCUACUGGUUUGAAAGUGAUUGUGCACGACCAAAAUACAUUUAUCAAUCGCUAUGACGGCUUCAAUGUCUUACCUGGCACCCAUGCGUCUGCCUUGAUCAAGCUUACGAAGGUGAGUUACUGAUCAUGACCCGAGAGUACUCGUUGGAAUUCUUGAUGGGGCUGUACCUCCCGGUUCUCUAAAUCCUCGCCCUAUUUCAGACCAAAAAAUGUAAUUUUUUACACCCGUUUUCAGACCAGGCCUUUAAAAUCCAUAGGCAGAAAUUAUGUCAUCAUUACUUAGUUUAGACAUAUUACUCUUUCUUAUUUAUUUGGAAUGGAAACGACAAAUACGUUCGCAAACUCCCGUAGCGCCCUCGAAAACCGUACCUGAUUCCAGACCACAGUAGGCAACAUCUAUACCCUUUUUCAGACCGAAACGGCCGAAACGGAAAAAAAAUUCUCUUCAGUAUUAUUUUUGCGUGGUAAUAUUCGUUGUUCAGCAUUUCGCAAAAUUAAAUUUAAACUGAUUUUGUCGAAUUUUAACUCAGUCGGGCUUUUCUUGUAUAAUGUUUGAAACCUGUUCAGUUCUGUGCGACAUACUGAACAACUCUGUGAGGUGGAUCUUUAUAUAUCAUUAACUCUCAUAAAGGAAAGACGACCACCAAUCAAAACGAGCGAAAUAGCUGAUCUAUUACUGUACCUUUUUCUUAGAUCAAGAGACUUCGUUCACCCUACAAAACGAACUGCAGACAAAUGAAACUGGCGGCAGUUGAAAGAUACACAAAGGACGGCUGUGCAUUCGAGUGUUCCUCAAACUACACCAUCAAACAAUGUGGAUGCCGUGGUCCUGGAUUUCUAGGUUUAGAAUAG